AUGUCGGAACAGCUGAAAAAAGCCUGGUAUCCUCUUACAGUUGAAUCCAACGAAAGCGCAUACGAUGGUAGCUUCGAAACGAGUCCUUUAUCAGUUCUUAGUCAAACCCCAACUCUAGAGGACAACAACGCGGAUGAUGACAAUAUUAUCGAAGAACGGACUGAAAGGGACGGGAGCGCAGGGGGACGCGAAGGGAGGGAUUCGUUGCUCGAAAAUAGUCCUGACCUUCUCCAAUUUGAAGAGUUCGCCGGAUUUUUACCACGCAAGGGAUAUAUGGACAAGCUAAUAGACCGAUAUUUUAAGUCGGUCUCUCCGGUAAUGUGUGGUUAA